AUGACGGACAAAUUACCCCCCAACCUCCUCGCGCUCUUUGCGCCCCGCCCAGGACUGCGAUGGGUUCCCCCCAGCGAUCAUGCACCUCAGGACCGGAAGACUGCGACCAUCUCAGGCCUGGCUGCAUUCCUACCUGCGCUGGAGGAGUAUAAAGCUACGGAUAAGUAUGAGCCGACGGAGAGCUGGCUGCAACGCAAGGAUAGACUCAGAUUGGAGAAGAGGGAGGCACAGGAGCAGCUCUUGAAGGAGGGCCCAGCCGAUUAUAAACCUCAAGAGGACCAGAAUAUUCGCGGUGAUGCUUUCAAGACUUUGAUUGUUGCGCGCCUGAGUUACGAUGCGACAGAGCAGGAUCUGGAGCGUGAGUUUGGGCGCUUUGGUCCCAUUGAGCGUAUCCGGAUUGUGACCGACACCCACCAAGACGAAAAGCCCAACAAGAAGAAGAAGAAGCAUCGCGGCUAUGCCUUCGUUGUUUUUGAGCGUGAGAAAGAUAUGAGAGCUGCUCUAGAUGGAUGUGACGGCAUUAGAAUCAAAGAACGACGCAUCAAAGUCGACGUCGAACGUGGCCGCACUGUCAAGGGUUGGAAGCCACGUCGCUUCGGUGGCGGCCUUGGAGGCAGAGGUUACACAAAGGCUGUCCCACCCCGCCCUAUGGGACAAGGUGGAUUUGGCGGAGGACCUGGACCUGGUUUCCGUGGUGGAUUCAGGGGAGGGUUUGAUGGAGGCCGCGGCGGUGGUGGCUUCCGAGGUGGCAGAGGUGGUGGUGGUUUCCAGGACCGUGGACCAGGAGGCAGAGGUGGUAUCGGCUAUCAAGGCAGUGGAUUUGGUGGCCGUGAUGGUAGCAGAGGUGACCGCGACAGAGGAUUUGGAGCGCCUCCACCAAACGCCCCUGCUGGACCACGACCAGGCGGCGGUGGCUACUCUCGCAAUGGGUAUGGCCAAGGCUCGCCGGACCGCAAUGGGCCACCUGCUGCUGGUGGGUAUGAACCACGCGGUGGCCGCCCUCCGUACGACGACAGGGGACCAAGUUCGGGUGGGUACAAAGGUGACAGAGGUGGUGAUCGAUAUGGUGGUUCUAGAGGAGGCGACUACCGUGGUGGCGGCGGUAGCGGAAGCAACAUGGAGCCGGUAAGACCUCGUGAGGGCGGCGGAUACCGUGACAGAGACUCUGGACGCGGCGACCCACGAGACCGCGAUCCAAGAGAUCGGGACCCACGCGACAUGGGCCGUGAACCCAGAGACGGAGGAUAUGGUGGACGCCCACGCGAGGAGGAUAUAUCGAGGAAGCGCAUGUACGAUGACGGAAAUAACGGCUACAUCGAAGACCCGCGAAAGCUCCGACGGUACUAA